CGUUGAGAUCGGUGAGUCGGUGCGAGGCGAGGACGUCUUCAUCGUGCAGAGUGGCUGUGGGGAGGUGAACGACAACCUCAUGGAGCUUCUCAUCAUGAUCAAUGCGUGCAAGAUCGCAUCGGCCUCACGCGUCACUGCCGUCAUCCCGUGCUUCCCCUACGCACGCCAGGAUAAGAAGGACAAGAGUCGGGCGCCCAUCUCUGCCAAGUUGGUUGCUAACAUGCUGUCGGCUGCAGGAGCAGACCAUAUCAUGACGUUAGACCUUCACGCAUCACAAAUACAGGGAUUCUUUGACAUACCAGUGGACAACCUUUAUGCAGAGCCAGCCGUCUUGAAGUGGAUUAAGGAGAACAUAACGGAGUGGAGAAACUGUGUGAUUGUCUCACCAGAUGCUGGCGGGGCCAAGAGGGUGACUUCGAUAGCCGACCGACUCAACGUGGAGUUUGCGCUCAUCCACAAGGAGAGAAAGAAGGCGAACGAGGUUGCCUCGAUGGUACUGGUGGGCGACGUGCAGGACAAGAUUGCCAUUCUCGUCGACGACAUGGCCGACACGUGCGGUACGCUGUGUCAUGCAGCGGAAAAGUUGUUUGAGGCGGAAGCAGCUAAGGUGUACGCCAUACUAACGCACGGCAUCUUCUCGGGUCCCGCCGUCUCACGCAUACAGAACUCCGCCAUCGAGGCUGUCGUCGUCACGACGACCAUACCGCAGGACGAGAAGAUGAAGCAGACGUCAAAGAUCCAGUGCAUAGACAUCUCGAUGAUUCUGGGAGAAGCCAUCAGGCGUACGCACAAUGGCGAGUCCGUCUCCUACCUCUUUUCACACGUACCCAUGUAGUCGGCGUCGCCAUUUUUACAAAAAAAAAUAAUUGUGGCUACAGCAUUCCAAAGACGUUCAAAUCAAUUGUGUCCUCGGGGCUUGCCUUGGCUGGAAAUUAAAUGGGGGUAUGCUGAGGUUCAACACUGGGAGUGAACCAUCUGGGUAUAGUGAUUGCACCUGUGAUUGAGGCAAUUUGAUUGCUUGUUUAUAGUAGCAUGCUGGAGAAGUGCACAGUGUGGUAGAGUGAGUUGUUGUAGUGACAAAUCUAGAACAAGAUGGCAGGCAGGUGACUUGAGACAAGGAGGCACACUGGGUUCGCAGUUUUGGUUCGGGUGAAACCCUCACCCGUGUGUUACAGCUGAUGUGGUUUACAGGGUACCUGGCUUGCA